AUGAACUUCGUGCUACCCCGGAGGUUUACUCUGCCAACCACUCUAACUCCCUAUGAUGGGUUAGGUGAUCCGAAGAAAUACAUCAAGAAGUUCACCUCUAUAAUGAUAGUAAACGGUUCUAUUUCUCGAUUUCGAGAUAUAUCAAAGCCCUUUGAGGAGCACUUUGUUGGAUCGGCCAUCUACUUACAUGACUCCGAUUAUCUGAACACAAUCAAGCAAGGCCAGCACGAAAGCUUCAAGGACUACAUGAUGCGCUUCACAAAGAUAGCCCUAAGUAUACCCGACCUCCACCCUGAGGUGGAGCUACACGCCAUAAAAAGCGGAUUGCGACCAGGAAAGUUCCAGGAAACUAUUGCUGUGGCCAAACCUAAGACUAUGGCCGAGUUCCGCGAAAAGGCAAAAGGUCAGAUCGACAUCGAGGAACUCCAGCAAGCUCAGAAACUAGAAAAGCCUCAUUACAGAGACGACGACAAAACUCGAGACAAAAAGAAGAACUUCAAACCGACUUCGCGAUACGAGUCCUACACUCAAUUCAACACUAAACGCGAUGAUAUCAUCAAGGAAAUCUUGAAUUCAAAAUUAAUCAAGCCACCAAGAAAAGCCGGCAGUUACCCAUAUUCAAAAGGCGCGGACCAAUCAAAAUACUGCUCUUUCCACCAGAAGCACGGACACACUACCGACGACUGUGUCAUCGCCAAAGACCUACUGGAGCGACUAGCUCGGCAAUGUCACCUGGACAAAUACAUCGGCGGCCGCAUACAGCAGCGAGCACCCCCUCUGGAGACCAAAGCUCGGCCAGACAACAUGGCUAAGAUAAAGACCGACCGAACAACAACCACCCCGAACAACCAACACGUGUAA